GGGAAGGUCGGCUGCCAUCCUAUACGCCGGGAAUGGCGGCGUCGGGUGUGUGUCGCCUUUUGCCAAGGGCCGAGGACCGUCAGGAAAGGCUAAACAUAAGCAGCUCUUUAUAAGCCGCUCCUCAUAGAGCAUGGUCUCCAGACAUUUGAUCAUUUUAGCCAAUAUCUCUCUUAAAUGGUGGUGCCCAAAAUUGGACACAGUGUUUCAUGUUUCAGGAAAUAAAUGCAUCCGCAGAAAAUCUGAAGUUGACCAACCAUGGAGCUAGCUCACAGUUUGUUAUUAAAUGAAGAGGCUUUAGCUCAGAUCACAGAAGCAAAGCGACCAGUUUUCAUUUUUGAAUGGCUGCGGUUUCUUGACAAAGUCCUUGUUGCUGCUAAUAAGACGGAUGUCAAAGAAAAACAAAAAAAGCUUGUUGAACAGUUAACUGGUCUUAUCAGCAGUUCACCUGGACCACCUACCCGAAAAUUACUUGCUAAAAAUCUUGCUGCUCUGUACAGCAUUGGAGACACCUUUACUGUAUUUCAGACCCUUGAUAAGUGCAAUGACAUUAUCAAAAGUAAAGAUGAUACUUCGGCCUACUUACCAACUAAACUCACUGCAGUGGCAUGUGUUGGAGCCUUUUAUGAAAAGAUGGGGAGAAUGCUGGGCAGUUCUUUUCCAGAAACGGUUAACAAUCUGUUAAAAUCUUUGAAAAGUGCUGAGUCACAAGGCCGAAGUGAAAUAUUAAUGAGUUUACAGAAAGUCCUGAGUGGUCUGGGUUGUGCCGCAGCUUCUUGCCACCGUGAUAUCUACAAAAAUGCUAGGUCUCUCUUGACAGACAGAGCUAUGGCUGUACGAUGUGCAGUAGCUAAGUGCUUAUUGGAACUGCAAAAUGAAGCUGUAUUUAUGUGGACAGCAGAACUCGAAAAUGUAGCAACUCUUUGUUUUAAGUCUCUGGAAAACUCAAACUAUGGUGUGAGAGUUGCAGUAUCCAAACUUUUGGGAACAGUUAUGGCUACAGCAUUGAUACCAAAACAAGCUGCAGUGAUGCGGCAGAAUGUGAAACGAGCUACACUGGAAGAAGUCUUGGAACUCAUGGCCACUGGCUUUCUGCGUGGGGGGUCUGGAUUCUUAAAAAGUGGUGGGGAAAUGUUAAAAGUGGGAGGAUCUGUCAAUCGAGAAGUGCGAGUUGGAGUUACUCAGGCCUAUGUCGUCUUUGUCACAACACUAGGAGGCCAGUGGCUGGAGCGCAAUUUUGCCACCUUCUUGUCUCAUGUACUGGAUCUGGUUUCUCAUCCUCGUGCAACCCAGACUCAUGUAGAAGCUGUGUACUCUCGAAGAUGCGUCUCUUUUAUCCUAAGAGCAACUGUGGGCAGUUUACUAGGAGAAAAGGCACAGAUUGCUGCUGCCAAAGAUAUUUGCCAGGCUAUUGCUACGCAAAUGAAAGCAGUAGAAGCUGUUGUGAAUGAUUCUAAUACUGAAAACAAGUCAGGAGCAGCUGAUGUUUCUGCAAGUCAGCAUGUAAUGGUUUGUGCCCUUCAAGAGCUUGGGAGUCUCGUUCAGAGCCUGAAUGCCACUGCAUCACCUCUUAUACAAGAACCUUCUAUAGGACUGCUUGAGACUGUGACUUCAGUUCUUCUUCAUCCCAGUAUGGCUGCUCGACUUGCAGCUGCCUGGUGCUUGCGCUGUGUAGCUGUGGCCUUGCCUUUCCAGUUGACGCCUUUCUUAGACCGCUGUGCAGAAAGGCUCAACAACCUGAAGACAUCACCAGAAGCUGUUAGUGGAUACAGUUUUGCAAUGGCUGCUUUGUUAGGCGGAGUUCAUCAAUGUCCUCUAGGCAUUCCUCAUGCAAAAGGGAAGAUGGUUGUUAGCAUUGCUGAGGACCUCUUGAGAACUGCAGCACAGAAUAGUAGAUUGUCCUUACAGCGAACACAGGCUGGAUGGCUUUUGCUCGGUGCUUUAAUGACUUUAGGUCCUUCAGUUGUUCGUUACCAUCUUCCAAAGAUGUUGCUCCUGUGGCGAAAUGUGUUCCCCCGUUCUUUAAAGGAACUGGAAGCAGAGAAAGCCCGUGGUGAUUCCUUUACUUGGCAAGUAACACUGGAAGGACGUGCAGGAGCUCUCUGUGCUAUGAGGAGUUUUGUUGCUCACUGUCCUGAGCUUCUAACAGAAGAUGUUAUUCGAAAACUGAUGACCCCUAUAGAAUGUGCUAUGACUAUGAUGUCUCACAUUCCCUCUGUAAUUAAAGCCCAUGGAGCUCACCUGAAGGCUAGUGCAGCAAUGGUCCGAUUAAGGCUUUAUGACAUUUUGGCUUUGUUACCACCAAAAACAUAUGAAGGAUCAUUUAAUGCACUUCUUCGAGAGCUAGUGGCAGAAUUUACUUUGACGGACAACUCUGCUAAUACUACUACAUCCUUGCUGAGAUCACUUUGCCAUUAUGAUGACAGUGUUCUCCUUGGUUCUUGGCUGCAGGAGACAGAUCAUAAAUCUAUUGAAGAUCAGCUCCAGCCAAACAGUGCCUCUGGAAGCGGCGCUCUAGAACAUGACCCAUCUUCCAUUUACCUGCGCAUCCCUGCUGGUGAAGCUGUUCCUGGUCCUCUUCCUUUGGGAGUAUCAGUCAUCGAUGCUUCAGUUGCUCUGUUUGGAGUAGUUUUCCCUCAUGUUUCCUACAAACACAGGUUGCAGAUGUUGGAUCAUUUUGCAGAAUGUGUCAAGCAGGCUAAAGGUGUUCGUCAGCAAGCCGUGCAGCUCAAUAUUUUUACUGCUGUUCUUAGUGCAUUAAAGGGGUUGGCUGAAAAUAAAAGCACUUUAGGGCCAGAAGAAGUUCGCAAGUCUGCCUUGACCCUUGUAAUGGGGGCUCUUGACAAUCCUAAUCCCAUUCUGAGAUGUGCGGCAGGAGAAGCUCUUGGCAGAAUGGCCCAGGUGGUCGGAGAAGCCACCUUCAUUGCCAGGAUGGCCCAGUAUAGCUUUGACAAGCUGAAAUCUGCUAGAGAUGUUGUCUCAAGAACAGGCCAUUCCUUAGCUCUUGGCUGUCUCCAUCGUUACGUUGGAGGCAUCGGAUCUGGGCAACAUUUGAAGACUAGUGUUAGUAUUCUCUUAGCACUGGCACAAGAUGGAACUUCACCCGAAGUUCAGACAUGGUCUCUCCAUUCACUCGCUUUAAUAGUGGAUUCUAGUGGUCCAAUGUAUCGUGGAUAUGUGGAACCCACGCUGUCUUUGGUUCUCACCUUGCUUUUGACGGUGCCUCCAUCACACACAGAGGUUCAUCAGUGUCUGGGUCGAUGUUUGGGAGCUAUAAUAACAACAGUGGGCCCUGAGCUGCAAGGUAAUGGAGCCACGGUUUCUACCAUCCGUUCCUCCUGUCUGGUGGGGUGUGCAAUUACACAAGAUCAUUCAGACUCUCUGGUUCAAGCAGCUGCCAUUUCCUGCCUCCAGCAGCUUCAUAUGUUUGCACCACGACAUGUUAACCUUUCCAGUCUCGUUCCCAGUCUUUGUGUUCACCUGUGCAGCUCCCACCUGCUUCUGCGUCGGGCUGCAGUAGCCUGUCUGAGACAACUUGCUCAGAGAGAAGCAGCAGAAGUGUGUGAAUAUGCCAUGAGCUUAGCUAAAAAUGCUGGAGAAAAAGAAAGCAAUGGGAUGAAUGUUAGUCCUUUUGCUCCAGGUCCUGGUUCCCGAAGGGAUAUUCAUGGUCGGCAUCAAGGCAUUAAUAUCACCGAGACUGGACUUGAGGGAGUCCUUUUUGGGAUGUUAGAUCGGGAAACAGAUCGGAAAUUGUGCUCUGAUAUUCAUGAUACUUUGGGGCAUAUGCUUUCAUCUCUGGCAGUAGAAAAACUCUCUCACUGGCUAAGGUUAUGCAAGGAUGUCCUUGCUGCGUCCAGUGACAUGACCGCAACGGCUUCAUUGGGAGGUGAAAAAGAUGAAGAUGCAGAAAAGAAGGAUGAAAUGGAUGACGAUACAAUGUUUACAACAUUGGGCGAAGAAGAUAAAUCCAAGCCUUCAGUGGCUCCUCGGUGGGCUACUCGAGUAUUUGCUGCUGAUUGCCUCUGUCGAAUCAUCAUGCUCUGUGAAAAUGCAAACAAAGUCCACUUUGAUCUGGCUCUGGCCCGUUCAGCAAAACUGAGAAACCCUAAAAAUGACCUUCUAGUACUUCACCUCUCAGAUCUUAUUCGCAUGGCUUUUAUGGCUGCAACGGACCAUAGUAACCAGUUGCGAAUGGCUGGCCUCCAAGCACUUGAAGACAUCAUCAAGAAAUUUGCAGCUGUUCCUGAACCUGAGUUCCCAGGCCAUGUGAUUCUAGAGCAGUAUCAGGCUAAUGUUGGAGCUGCUUUAAGGCCAGCUUUCUCACAGGAUACCCCUUCAGAUAUAACAGCAAAAGCUUGUCAGGUGUGUAGCACCUGGAUAGGAAGUGGAGUGGUAAGUGACCUGAAUGAUCUCCGCCGUGUUCACAACCUGCUUGUCUCUUCUCUGGACAAAGUACAAACUGGAAAGGGUUCUUCCAGCCAACUUUAUAGAGAAAGCGCCACUACUAUGGAAAAAUUAGCAGUACUGAAAGCUUGGGCCGAGGUGUAUGUUGUAGCUAUGAAGAUUAAAAAAGAAGCAGAUACUAAGCCAAAGAAAGGAGUUAAGAAUGGAGGCGAUGAAGAUGAUGAUGAUUAUGGCACAGUUGAUGAGCUGCCACCAGACAGCUUAAUUACCCUGGUGCAGCCAGAGCUUCCCACUCUUAGUCGCCUCUGGCUGGCUGCGCUUAAGGACUACGCUCUCUUGACUUUACCAGCAGAAUUUGCCAGUCAGCUUCCUCCAGAUGGUGGAGCAUUCUACACUCCAGAGACAAUUGAUACCGCUCGACUUCAUUACCGAAAUUCGUGGGCUCCAAUUCUCCAUGCAGUUGCGCUUUGGUUAAACAGCACAGGAUUUAAUGCUUUGGAAACUACAGAAGAUGCACCUACAGGAGUAUCUAAUCCACAGAAUCGUGCCACAUCAAUUAUGUUAAACCCAGCACCUGGAACACCUCCUUCCACCAAACCUUUGCAAGAAAUAAACAAGGAUAGAAUGCACUUGAUUUUGGGUGUUAGCAUACAGUUUCUCUGUUCUCCUCGACCAGAAGAACCUGUUGAACAUGUUAUGUCCUGUUUAGAAGCACUGCAUACUUUACUCGAUUCCACUUGUGCUAGAACCCAUAUUGCAGAGGAUCAGCUACUUGGUGUUGAACUUUUGAGUGUGCUUCAUCGGCUCCUGUUGACCUGCAAUCCUCCUUCAGUCCAACUCCUAGUCACAGGCGUGGUGCAGCAGAUUAUUAGAGCAGCUCAGGACCAUUUGCAAGAAAAAAGAAACACGCUGAAUGAGGAAGAUGCAAAGGAAAAAGAAAAUAGUACUAUAGUUGGUGAAGGAGGAGAAAGUGGGGGUCUUGUGCCUGGCAAAUCUCUUGUAUUUGCUGCCAUGGAGCUGCUGAUGUUUAUCCUAGUGCGGCACAUGCCCCACCUGAGCACAAAAAUGUCAGAUUCUCCAAGUCAUCUCUGUAGCAGGACCCAGCUCCCAGAGGAAAGCGCUCGCCUUGUUGCUGCUACUAUUUCCAUUCUGUCUGACCUGCCUACUCUGUGUUCUCCAGCUGGAUGCAUGACUAUAUUGCCCACCAUCCUAUUUCUGAUCAUACAAGUGUUGAAAGAUACUGCUGUAAAAACAGUAGGAAAUCAGGUUCCGUUGCCAGUCACGGCUGCACUCCAAGGUCUGAAAAACAUUGUUACUCUUCCAAUGGCUGUGAAUGAAGAAAUUCACAAACAGUGGACAAAUAUUAUUCGCAGCACUCUGGCUUCAAUCUUAGACUACUCUCAGCCAGAGGCCUCAAAGCCUAUUUUAGAUGAAGUAAGCAUGCUCACAGCUAUUGCACUAUUCCUUUGGUCUGCAAGCACAGAAAUAAUUGGAGUGCAGUCAUUACAGAAUGGCUGCAUGAAUAGAUUCAAGGCUGCACUGAAUUCUCCUGAUCCUUGGGUUCAGGCCAAAUGCUACCAGCUUUUACUUUCUGUAUUUCAACACACCAACCGUGCCCUUGCAAUUCCAUAUAUCCAUUCACUGGCACCGAUGGUGGUUGAGAAACUGAAGAGUGUAGAGAAGAACCGCCCAAGCAACAAAACAGAACUUCUAGCGGUUCAGGAAGGAAUUAAAGUUCUUGAAACCCUUGUUGCACUUGGAGAAGAACAGAACAGAGUUCACUUGCUUGCUCUUCUUGUUCCCACUCUCAUAUCAUAUUUGCUGAAUGAAAAUGCCUUCCCGUCUGCACCUGUGGUGUCCAAAGAACUUCAUGAGUUUGCCCUCCAAGACCUAACACGCAUUGGGCCUCUAUAUCCACACGCAUUUAAGACCGUAAUGGGUGCAGCCCCUGAACUGAAAACACGGCUGGAAACUGCAGUGCGAGCGAGUCAGGCAAGCAAAGCAAAGGCAGCUGCCCGGCAACCACCACCCACAGUACAUUCCACUCCGACAAUUAAACUCAAAACUAGCUUUUUCUGAUUUAUUCCUGUCUGAACCAAUCAUUUAAUUGAUCACCAAGCAAAGCAUCAUUCCUAUUGCAUUGCUGUAUAGCACGUUGUAUUUUUCCUUGUUUGUCAUAGCUGUCCAUUAGAGGUGGUGUGUUUAUAUGUUAUGAUUUGAAACCUCUGUGUUAGAAGAGACAUGAUAUUAUCUGAAUGUACAUAAUUUUUAUGAAAUGGAAUAUCUUUGAUCAUGCCUUUGAGUUAAUGUUAAACUAUCUCCUGUAACAAA